CUCUGAGGGGCUGAGGGGCUGAGGCUCGCCCUGCUCUUGCCCCUCAGAGUUUUCCGUCCUGUGUCAGGGUAACACCGUCACCGAGCACACCACCUCCACACGGCCACACUGGACUAAUGGAAGCAGCCGAGGAAACUCUCACUUACCGAGAUGACACCGGACUUCACAAGAAGCUGCUCCCGGAGGACAAAGUCUACACAGACUGUCCCAAAGACUGUCCCAAAGACAUUAAAGACAAGGUCGAGGCGAGGAGCGACGAGUCCAACUACAUGGACACUAAAACGGACAGUGCAAAAACGGUCAAAGUGUCUUUCACUGGUGAAGGAAACCAGCUGUCUGUCAGUAAAUGUGACACCUCUAAACAAGGAGCCAACGAGAAGAUCAUUUCAGAAGAAUCCGGAGAUAUGAUUUCAAAUAAACCAGUUGUUAACAGCGACUUUAUAGACGCAGAGUUUAAUGAAUUAGUAGAAGCUGAUGGUCCGGACACGAGUGAGUGCAGUGAACCGCCUCAGAGCGAGAGCGACGACCUGCACUACACAGACAUGUAUCUGAACAGAACCACCGAGGACGAGGAUGAGGAGUCCGGCACUCUGCUGUCCCACCACUACGACCCCGCUGAAGAUGAGUCCCACUACAUCACCACGCACGAGAUCCAGCUCACGGAACUGGACCAUGACGUGGACUACGACCUGGGCACCGGGACGCGCUGGGAGUUUGAAGACGACAACUUGGUUUAUUCUUUUGUGGAUUACGCCACGUUGGAGACUGAUAACACUAACGAGGGAACUUUGAUCCUAGAAGAGAAGAGCGCCACCAAAGUCCAGGCUAAUCUCGGAGGACGGGUUGUCAGCACCGAGCAGGACGAGAGUGAUCUGUUUGAGUCUGAGAAGUUUGCCAGCUCAGAUGAAAGCUUCUGUAAAAACCAAAGGGACGCCGGGAAGAUUCACUUAUCAAUACAGACGGCCUCGAGGCCCGUCAACGAGCCGCUGCUCGACGGCGGCGACAGGGGCCGCUUGUCACUCGUGAGCUCUGGCGCCAGAGCGGGGCCCUUGAGCGAUAGAGCCCAAUAUUUUAUCCCGGCUCCCGGCCGUCAGCACCUGGCGACCAAACUGAGACGGAAAGAUAUAAAUGAGUACUCCAGUGGAGCUUCCAGCUCCAUCAGUGAGCUGGACGACGCUGAUAAAGAGGUGCGUAAUUUAACCGCCAAGUCUUUCCGCAGCCUGGCAUGUCCAUACUUUGAUGCCAUCAAUCUGAGCACAUCCAGCGAGUCGUCUAUUUCGGAAUAUGGACUCAAUAAAUGGGCUUUUGUGGACUGGAAUUACAGAAACGUUUCACACAGCAGGGAGCACAGCCUAAUGGCGCACAAGAACACCACUUUAGAAAUGAACCAAAGUGCAGAGAAUAAAAUGCUCGGACAAUCAGUAGGUCAAACGAAGCACCCCCAUGGUGUUGUCCCAAACAUAGAUAAUGAAGAGCCAUCUGUCACUGCAAAUAGCGGCAGUAAGCAGAAAGAGCUCGGGGGUCCAGUCCAGGACAAACAGCGUGAGGUGACGCUUAAUUUCCACUGUAAUGUUGAACCAGGAGCGCGUGAAGGAACCAGACGUCCCAAGUCUGUAAGUGCACGGUCCAGGGAGGUACAUGGCACAGUACUGGCCAGGUCAAGGUGUGAAAUGGAAUACGCUGAUGACAGGGACCCCCACAAAAAAGCAAUUUUUGCAUCAAGCCUUCUGAAAAAUGUAAUUUCUAAGAAGAUGCAGUUUGAGAAAGAACGCAAAAUGGAAAGAGGUGAAAUUCAUGAUACAUGUUUAGGUCUGUCACCAUGUUUCCCUGGUGUAUUCAAGGUUAGGGAUUUGGGGAGAAGCAUGCAAAGACAAACAUCUGAGUCAGGGUCAGGGUUCACUGUAAAUUCAGCAGAGGAGCUACAUGGGGAGGGCAGUAGAGCCAGUUCCUCUGAGCCUGUAGAUGAGGGCAAAAACAAAAAGGAUCAAGAACCACAUAAGGAAAGAAUGGACAGCCCCUCUCCAAAAGUCAGCCACACACAUCACACGUCUGAUCCGGUAAAAGACACAGAAAAGAAUACCAACAGUAUGCUCACUAAACUGCUUUUUGUACCCAGAUGCCAGCUCUACACCAAAGACAAAGAUUUCGCUAAAGACGUGCCCUCUCAAGCCACAAACAGCACAGGGAAACCACCAGAGAUUAAAAUCUGUCUCAGAAGUGUCAAAGAAAACAAAGGGUGCACUCUCAAUAUUGCCAAUUUGUUAACCCCUAAAAUUAGCUACAGUACCGUGAACACUCUCAGAGCAGCAGGGGAAAUGAAAUGUCCCAUUGUGUCUGCAUCAGACAAGAUGCCCACGUUCACAGUCAGAGAUAUCCGAGACACCAAAUGCAAGUUUCAAACACCAAUUUAUCAAGUCAGGGAUGUGCGUAAACUAGUUAAAAGUUCAUAUCGUUUUGUAUCUCUGGACAACAGUGAAAAUAAAAACCCUGCAGCUGUUUCCACAGCAGCAGACACUGCUGAUGUGGAUAAAGAGACAGUGAAACAGCCUUUAACGGCCCCCAUGGUUAUUAAGUGUCACUCAAUCAAAACUAAUGUGAAAAAGAACACGGCCGAGGCGCCACGAGAAGAGACAGGAGCAGCCAGGUCUUUCCCCAAAGUUCAGUUUCACCCUGCAGCUUCAGAAGUGAAUUCUGAGCAUGUAGAAACUCCGUCUACCUCUGACAAUAAACUAGUAAAACAAAGGCUGGAAAAAACUUCAGGUGAGUUUACAGAUUGGAAAAGUGAACCAAAAAUACCUAAACAGGCUGCAUUAGAGAAGCUUAAAGCUGCUGUGAAGAGUAUGGAGCAACUGUAUGUCUUUGACAGAAAUGAGUGGAAACGUAAAAACCAGGCCUUGCAUUCAAUUACAGGGAGCCAUGUGCAGUCUCUGAUCAGCAAAGAGGAGCAGCGAGAGGAGGGGGGCACAGCUCACAGCGAGAGGGCUCAGCAGGCACAAACAUAUAAACCACACACUAAGGGAUAUAUGAACGUCAUGCAUGUCCCAUUUAAUAGUGAGGCAUUAGCACAACUACAGCCCAACAAAGAAGGCAGCCGAAGUGCACCGCACCCAGAGCGCAUCAAUAAAUCACACAUGAGCAAAGGCCCUGUCAAUAAUACAAUCCCACAAUGCUCUGCUCCCAAAUCAUCCACUCUAAAAAGUUCAAAGACAGCGGCGCCAUUCUCUGUGAAAAUAGAUGCACCAAAAUGUGGGCAGCUGGACAAAGCAAAGGUCGCCGUUAAUCCCGCCGUGGCACAGCCUGUGUCGGACUCGGAAAACUAUCUAACUAUACCUGGACUCACUCCGGAGAGCAAGGCACUGAGUGGUGAGCCAGGAACUAAGGAGGACAGUGUAAACAAACAUGAGACAUACAUAACUACAUGCUCAAAUCAAAAAACCUCACCAUUAAUUACAGAAUAUCCCUCUUCGACGCUCUAUCAUCACUCUACUGUCGUACCACAGCAUGUGCUCUGCUUCUCCCCCUCCGUCCCCACUGUGUCCCCCACACCCUCAGUGGGGGACACUCAGAGGAAGAUGCUUCUGGACCCUACAACUGGACACUAUUACCUGGUGGACACACCUGUACAAGCCACUAAGAGACUGUAUGAUCCUGACACGGGGCAGUUUGUGGAUCUGCCCGUGUCCCAUUCUCCCGUGUCCCCUGUCACUCCCGUGGCGUCGGUCACCCCUGUGCCUCUCUCGGUGUCCCCUCUGGCAUGUGCACCCACGUAUAUGAUUUACCCGGGCUUCAUUCCUUCGCCCACACUCACCAUGCAGGCAGUGCCCCCACAGUCUCGCUGUGAGGAGGCAGCCCGGGAGAAGAAACACAAAGACACAAACUCUCCGGUCCUGGCAGAGAGAGUGUACUACAGCCCUUCAGGAGGGGCCUCGCAGAGCGAACAGCUCCCUGGAUCUGUAGGUCAUGUGACCACUCGAGGACGUGCAGCUGACAGAAUGCCUCUUAUCAGCAUCUCAACACCACAAGGCCCAAGAAUCAUUGCCCCUCCUUCCUUUGAUGGAACAACCAUGAGCUUUAUCGUGGAGCAUCGGUGACCAACACUUUCCCAACACAGACUUCAGAUGUCUUUAGUGAUGAUUUCUUCAACUUGCUUGGCAGUAGAAGCUGUUUCGACCCUGGACUUCUUGCACUGCACAUUUGGUAGCACCGUUGACAGACACAGACUGGUGUGUUCAUUUGUUUCAUUUAAGACAAUAUGUGUUUUCAUCGUAGCACUUUGCAGGUUAUAAAGUCAGCCAGGGGCCUGAGCUGAUGCCGGACACACUGCUUUAUUUUCUGCCUUAUGAUACUUUCCAUUCAUCUGCUGCUUCAUUUGAUAGUAGUGGAAAUGUUGUUUUGUGCAAUUCAAAAGGAAACAAGACACUUAUGUGCGUAAUAUACAUGUAAUAUAUAUCAGAAACCAGUUUGAUAGAGAUGGAUUGUUUUAGAAAUGUGACUUUAGAAUCAAUAAAAAUAUUUUGUCUAAAUUAGUGCACAGAUCUUUGGUGGUGCAACCUUUCUUGGUUUGGUAUGAACACAAGAGCUAUUCUUAGCCUCUGCUUGAUCUAAGUUUCAGCCCUCACCUAUGUUGAUCAGUUGUGUUAUUUUUUUAGUAGUUCAGGGACAUCACGUCCACCAUAAAUCACCCAGCCCCAAGUAAUACGUGCACAUGUGUACUUCACACACAGUCAGAGACAAAGGCUUGGUGCAGUAAUCGCACAAACAAAAAUAAUGUCAUCGUUAAGAACAGUGGGAUGAGUAAUGUGGUUUGUUUUUAUCACUGGGACCAUUUAUUUGCACAGGUGUGAUGUUAAAGGUAUAGUGACACACUGCACUACAUUAAGGAUCAGUGUAUUUCAGUUAAAGUUGCCACGUUUGCCCUGUUUUAUCCCCACAAAGUGCUGAUAAUGAGUGCGUAUCUCGGUGAGUGAGAUAGUACAUGUUAGCGCACACUCCUGGUAUGUUGCAGAGAGUUAGGAGAUAGAGUAGAGCUGGACUCCUCUUCAGCUAUGUACUUAGAUCAGUAUAUCUAAGUAGUAAUGUGGCUAAUGAGCGGGAGCCAGCUGAGACAUUUAGGGGAUAACUUCCUCUAUUAGUGUUGGUUUAUUUUACACUUUUAGUGUAAUGGCCUAGGAGUGGGUGUGUGUGUGUGUGUCUGAAUGUAUCUGUGUUUGUGACAUCGAGUUAUGCCAGGCAUUUCAACAUUCUGUGAGCGUACAACGAGGAGUCGUGUUACUUCACUGUGCAUACGCGGCCUACAUGUGUUGCGUGUGGCUAUACAUUUAACACCAUAGCAGCGUCACUUUUUCUGUCCAAAGAAUAAACCCUAUGCCUUUGCUUGGUAUGUGGAUUACUAGAAGUACACAUUAACAUAACUAACUCAUUCUUAUUGUUAUCAUGGGGUGAUACCUGUCUCUUGUUUCCUUUUGAAGCUGCACUAAAACUCUGGGUCAUUGUGUUUUGACUUAAUAAUGUCAGCAUCCAUCACAGGACCCCUGUGUGCUGCUGCUGUGUUAGCAUGUGUCAGACUAAACACUGAAAGCUAUUUGGAGCUGCAGGCCAGUCCAGAUACUUUAUUUAUUAUGCACAUGUUAUUGCUCUGUCAUUACAGAGGAAACACACCGUUAUGUAUCGUGUGGAUACAUAACCUGCUGGGAGAUAGAUUGGACAUAGUUUACUCUUGAAACUUGAAAUUGCAACAUUUAAUGCAUCUUAAAUUAAUACUGAUACAAUUGUAUAAUGUAUGCACUUAAACAUUUACCAAAUUUACCACAGCAAUCGUACUUAUUCAAAUGCAUCAGAUCUUUUUAAAGGUCCUAUAUUACGCAAAAGUGACUCUUGUGAACUUUAAGCCAUGUUAUAAUAUUGUUACCUCCUCAAAAACACACAUGGAGUUCUGUUUAGUUUCAUUCAGACAUGUUUGAGUAAUCCUGCAUUAUUAGUCUGUUUACAUCUCCAAAACUCAAAUUAAAAUGCUCUGUUCCACCUUGUGAUGUCAUGAAGCGAUCAUUUUCAAGUUAACAGCCACAUUUUACAAUUUGCUUUAUAGAGAUUGGCAAUUCCAGGGCUGAAAUUAUCCAGAUGAUUCUAGUGAAGAUGUACGAAGUUUAAAAACACAGUUGAGCACUUCCUGUAUCACCACGUGACAUCACAAGGUGGAACAGAGUGUUUUCUAUUUGAGAGAAGAGCACUGUUUAAUACAUAUGCAGGGUUUGUGCGUUAAACAUGUGUGAAUGAAACAAAAACACAACUCCAGCUCUGUUUGUGAUGAGGAAACAACAUCACAACAUCGAUCAGAAAGUAGCGUAAUAUGGGCUCUUUAAAAAUAAGUUUACAUUAUUUCAUUACACAUGUUACUUUUACAAAACUUUGAUUCCACUGUUUAUUUUUAACAGUGAAACAGCCCCGUUUUCUGACGUCUUGAAAACGCGCCAGUUCUCCCCAACAGUUUAACCUUGAUCAAAGUCUUCCCCAUUUUCGUCUUAACAUUAUAUAAAUUGAUCUGAUGAAUAAAAAAUAAAAAAAAACUUUGACAUCAGGGUUCAAACUGGGAAUACGUGGGUUAGAAAUUCAAGCUUGCCAGUACUUGAAGAUGGUUAGUGAAAGUGAGAUCGAGUUCGAGUUAAGUGCAUGUGAAGCGAUUUGGGGCAGUCCCUGAGCUUUGAUGGCACAUGAACUGUUUGGUGUGAGCUCAAAGUGUCGGGCUGCCCCAGAAAAGACAGAGGUCAGGAUGAAAGACAAGGUAGAGCAGUGUGUGCAUUUACUCACACGCUUUGAAGCAAGAGAAAUGAUGAAUGGGUGUAAUGUAGACUGACAUGCCUAUAUAAGUCUGCAAUAAAUUUAUGGUGCAAGCUACUCCACUUUUUAAUGUCGUUUUUAUGUUUUUUUUUUGUCAAACUUUUAGAGCCAUACCCUGCAGGAUUGGCUCAAAAUGAAAUAGUACUAGUGUAAGCCCCUCUUCUUGAUUCUAGUCUUGUCAAGAUUCACACAAGACGAGCUUCUGACACAGCUGGAGAUAUAAAAACAAUAUAUAUAUAGACUUUUUAUUAAUUGCUGUUAACUUGAAAUGAAAUAUCCAACCCAAGGAUUUAUUCAUCCCUUGUAAAUAACUGUAUUAAUUGUAAAAAGGGCAUGAGAAAAGCUGAAAACUACACAUUCAUACCUUGGAUCUCACAUAACACGCUUUCCCCCCUUCACUUUAACGCUCUAACCCUGUGUUCAUAUGUUCAGAUGCGCAGGGCGAAUGGAAAUCAAACAGAUUUAUGCCAACAGAAGUGCACAUUUGGCAUGUGCUAGUGUGUGAGGUUAGCUUUCUGGUGACACUGAAACACCACCCGGGCCCAGGGCUUAAGUUUAACCUGACAGUUUGUGGCGCUGUUUACUGGGUUGCCGAGGCAGCGUGAGACUGGCAGACACUGGUUUGCCCCCAGCUGCUCUCUGUGGUUUCUGAAGAAUCUGCAUUAAGAGCCAGUUGUUGUGUUUGGAUGGCAGGAGGCUCUGAUGUCACAGCCACGACACAAGACCAGGCCGGACUUAAGGACUUACCCAAGUGUGGUGAGCUUAGUACUACUGCGAUACUAAUGCAAACAUCCCGUACAUGUGAGAUAAAAUACAAACGAAGCACCACAGCUAACAGCUAGAUGAGAGGGUUCUGAGAUUUUAAGACGAAUCUGUUUUGAUUAAAUUUUGUAUUGAAAAGACUGUCAGGAGAUGAGAGGGAGG